AAUGUUCGAGAAUUAUUCCUGAAUAAUUCAUGAACCUGAAUUAAUCAUGCAUUUUCAUGAAUUAUUCAUGAAUAACUCAUGGAAAUGCAAGGUUUAUUCAUGCUCCAAAAAACCCAAGGCUUUUUCUCUUCUCUUCUGCUCUCUCUCCCCGUAAGAAUCAGACCUGAAACAAGCUAAGGAAAAAAAUAAUUGGGGACAGCAGGUGGGAGCUUUCCAAGCCAGACAAAGGAGACCUGACAAGGAACUGUGGUGAAGGGACAAGCCCAAGGCAAAGAAGUGUCCGGUCACCACCUCUCCCGGAACAGGCAGCUGAGACCUGGAGAGACAGGAGACAUCUUGCAAGACUCAACACCUGGAGCAGUGCUAACCAGGUGGGCAGCCCUGAUGUCGGCCAAGCUCUAUGUCCUCAUCAGCUGGCCCGACGGCAGCCGGGUGAUCAACAUGGAGAACAUCAAGGAGCCCCGCAAGCCCUUCCACCUCUACACGGUGGGUGAGCAGGUGCUGGCCCGCUGCCCCGGCUUCAGCGGGCUCUACUGGGGCAUGGUGGAAGGCAUAAGUGAGCACAAGGAUAUUUUAGAGAAGAAGCUGCUGGAAGACAGGCAGCUCCUGGAGAAGUUAAAAGCAGAACCGGCUGUCCACAGCAUGAUGCCAUCCCCACCAAAAAAAUCCAGGAAAACCUUCCCAAAAUGGACCCCGGGGAAUGCAUCCAGGAAAUACCACGGUGACAGGGCCCACCCUGCAAAGCAGCUGCUGAGGGCAGGCGAGGACAGCCUGCCCCAUGAUGCUGGCAGCUCCUCCAUCCUCAAGGAAAGACGUGUCCUGGGCACUGCAGCAGGAAGCCCCUGUUCACUGGCAGGUCCUCCCCACCCAGCCAGCGCCUUCACACCUCCAUCCACCUUCAUCACCAUGGCCAUGUCGGGGCCAGAGACUUCCCAGGGUGAAGAGGAGAGGGCUGGUCCAGCUACCAGAGAUUAUGUUGCCUUGCCAAUGAAGAGGAAGUCAGAUGGCAUCUUGUCCCAGUGCCAGCAACGCAUCUGUCUGAACAGCCGUGAAGAGCAAAAGAUUGACACUUUGCAAGAGAUGGAUGACUUCGAGAGGGUUCGAAAAAGUUUCAGUCCUGGUGAGAUGGAAAGGGUGGAGAAGAUAGAGCAGCUGGAGAGGAUGGUGUUUGACCUCCAACAGGAUGUCCUCUCUCUGAGGAAGAAGGUGCAGAGGCUGGAAUCCCUGUCCUUCCAGGAGGAGCCCCACCGGCAGCCGUGCGAGGUGGUGGAGCUCUUCAACGGCUACACCAAGGAACAGCUCAAAGAAACCAUCAGGUUUGACCAGAAAAUCAGCACAGCCUGCAAGACACUGCUCUACAAGCUCUUCACCUCCGACUACAUCCAGAGCCACUCCAUCACGGGGCGGAGGGGCAAUACCUUCCGGGAGGCGAAGCCCAUGAUGGACGAACGCUGCAUCAAAAUCAUCAGGGUGCUGUUGAAGCAGAAGUUUGGAGAUCACCUCAGUGACACCGUGAUCACGGAGAAGAUACAAAAUGUGCAGAAGGCUCUGAGGCAGAAGUUUAAGACAGAAUGUCUCUGAGCCACAAGGGGGUACUUGGUGUCUCCUCCUGCCAUUCUUGUGUGUGCACCUGAGCAGCCCUCCUGGGAAAAGAUGAGUCCAAUCUGCUGCUGUUCAGUUGAUUUCCCCCAAGGAGCCAAUCCAAGGAAACCAUGUGCUAAACACAGCUCAAACCUCUCACUGCCAAACCUCUGCCCACGUUAAUUGAGCAGGAAUUCUGCCCAGCUUGGCCGAGUUUUUGCACAUCUGCUAGCACUCUACAGGUUCCUUCCUACCCAGUCUGGGUGUGAACCUCACUGCAGGUGCAUGUAAUUGUCUCUAUGACUUUUUGAUGACGUGCUCAGAAGCUGAGGUCCAGGUAUGGGUCAGUAAGUCAGCUCUGUUUAACCUUGCAGUGGGUUAGGGAGAAAUGUUGGCUCUGGGAUAGAGAGUCCAGCUGUGAAUGGACUGUGUGUCACCCAACAGGGCUUCUCUCUGCAUGACUCUGGUGGCCUCCUUCUGCCUGCAGGACAAUAUUUGUUCUCUUUGGUCCUAGUGAAUGUGUUUUACAAUUUCCUGCAGUAACAGAACAGCAGACUCAUAAACAACACCAUAAAACUUUCAGAGAAAGAUAAUUUCAUUUUUUUCCUCUAUUUUAAUGUAGCUGUAUGGAAGAAUUGUCUUCACUUACGAAAACCUCCUGAAAAAUAGAAGUGGCCACCUGUGGAAAUUUUGCAUUAAUUUUCCUUUCAAGACCAGAUUAUUUCCAUGGAGAAAUCCUGUACUUUUUCAUGACACAAGAGUGAGGGAUGAAGGACAAAAUAUGGCCCACUGUAGUUACAUCUUUACUUCAAAGAUCAGACAUGCUAUGGACAGAGUCACCAUAAUUUAAAUAUAGUAUUUAUAUCCUAGUUAAGAAAUGCCAAGUACAACCAGAGCUUGCUAAGAAACUAUAGAGAAGGGCUAGAAAGACACAUCUUUUCCUAAAUAGUUCAGAGCUGGAGUUUGGGUGGCUUAAAAUUGGUUUUAACAUUAAAAGAAUAAGAUGCUGACACCAGUCCACUUAACAGAAGUGCUGCAAAAUGCCAAACAUUCUCUUUUACAAAGGCUUCUCGAACCAGAAGUUGGUUUUCUAAGCUUAACUUUUAAAUUAUUCAGGAAAAGAAGUGUCAGUGGUUUUGCAUUAAUCAAAACAUUUGGUUUAAUUUAUAUGUUUUGUUGUGUUUUCAAGUAUUUAAUUUCUUCAGAGUUACAUAAGAAAUAAUAAGACAAAAUAAAUGUAUUGGAAAAACAAGGAGCUGUUUUGAAAGGAAAAAAAAAAGAAAUGUGUUAUUUUCUGCAUUUUCCUCCCCCCUCUGCCUUUUUUCUAGUUGAAAAACAGAAUCAUUAAGGUAGGGCUAAUGCUAUAAAGCAUUUUGAUUUUGGAGGGAGAUAUGCUUGGCAAUGUUUCUGGCACUGUUUUCGUCAGAUGUUUCUAACAGUCAUGUUAAAUUGGUAUAGAUAACAACUAAAGAUAU